AUGAGUAUAUAUAUUGCAGUGCCACAUGACUGUAGUGACAUACAUUCUGACUCUAUAUCUGGGAUCUAUAAGAUAAAUCCUACCGGUUGUGAGUUUAGUGUGUUCUGUGAUAUGGAAACAGCAGGUGGCGGAUGGACGGUGUUUCAGAGGAGAUUGGAUAACUCUACGAAUUUCUAUAGGGGAUGGUCUACCUAUGAAAAGGGAUUUGGAAACCUACAGCGGGAAUUUUGGUUAGGAAACAAAUACAUCAAUGCGAUAUCAUCUAGCGGUAAUUACAAGCUUUACAUUGAACUUGAGGACUUUGAUGGGAAUAAAAAGUAUGCAGAGUAUGAUUUGUUUAGCGUUGGCGAUGCGGCUUCAAACUACAUUUUAAGUGUCAGUGGAUACAGCGGAAAUAGUACUGCAGACGACAGUUUUUCAAAGUAUCAUAAUGGCAUGGAGUUCAGUACCUUUGACAAAGAUAAUGACCAAUGGGAAGGUAACUGUGCUAAAUUGGGAGAUGGUGGGUGGUGGUAUAAAAGAUGUUUGCGUUCAAAUCUGAACGGGUUAUAUCUAGGAGGAAAGACAAAUAACAACAAUAAUGGGAUUAUUUGGUGGUCAUGGCAUGGAAGAUACUAUUCUCUCAAAUCUACAAAAAUGAUAAUAAAAAGGAACUAAAUAACAGCACAUUUGUUUUAAAAUGAAAAUAGUUUGUGUAUGAUAUAUCAUUUAAUAUUUCUUAAGGGAAAUGAGUUGAAAGACCUGAAGACGAAAUAUAUUAACAUUUGCU